AUGGAAGAUUUAAUUAACAAAAAAAAAUAUUUUGAUAAUAUAUUAGGAUGUAUAUAUGGUCAGUGUUUAGGUGAUGCCUAUGGAUUAAGUACAGUUUGUAAAAUGAAACAUCAUGUUGAUAGAUGGUAUCCAAAAGUCAAUGAAAAUUCAUUCAUUGAUUUUCCAAAUUAUAAAAUUGAUGACUAUAUGGAAGGUGGUCAUACACACGAUAGAGGUGAUUGGGGUAUAGAUUCUGAUAAUAUGAUUUUAUUAUUACAAUCUAUUAUAAAAGUUUUUCAACACACAAAUGAUGUCAAUAGUAAUAAUAGUAGUAGUAGUAGUAGUAAUAAUAAUGAUGAAUUAUUUUUUAAAGUUUAUAGAAAUAUAUUUUUAAAAAAUAAAAUUUGGGAUUAUAUUAGAAUUCAAGAAGAAGAAGAAGAGGACGAUGCAAUUUUAAAGAUUUUUAUUAAAAAAUUAAAAGUUUAUUAUACAAAAAAAGGAUUUCAAGAAUUAGGAGAUUGGGAUAAAAAUUGGUUUUCAUUUUGUAGAGGCAGACAAACAACACAACUUGUGGUUCGUAAUGAUGAAUUUUUAAAAGACCCAAUGAUGGUUAGUAAAUACUAUUAUUUAAUAGAAUCAACAAAAUAUCCAAAUGAUACAGGAGCAUUAAUGAGAUCAUCAAUUAUACCAUGUAUGAACUUUUUAAAUGAAAAACAACAAUUAAUAAAUACUGUUAAUUUUUCAAAGGUUACACAUUAUGAUCCAAGAUCAGUAACUUGUUGUAUAAUUCAAAAUAAUUUAAUUACAACAAUUUUAAAUUAUUAUUAUAAUAAUAAUAAUAAUAAUAAUAAUAAUAAUAAUAAUAAUAAUAAUAAUAAUAAUAUUUCAAAUUUAUUAUUAAAACUAAUUAAAAUUAUAUAUGAAGAUAAGAAAAUUGAAAAAUUACAAAAUUAUUAUAAUGAAAAAAAUGGAAUGUUUGAAAAUGAAAUUGAUAAAAGAAGGAAAAUUGGGAUUUCAAAUUAUCUUAUUUAUUCAGCUCGAGAUUGGGGACAUUUAAAUUUGGAGAGAUCUUUACAAGGUGGAUUUAGUUUGAGUGGUUUGAGUAGUUCAAUUUAUUCAUUAAAAAAAUUUAAUCAAUACUUUAAUCAAGAAAAAGAAAAGUUAAUUAAUUCAGGUUGUAGUGAUGGUUUAAUUAAUUUAUCAUUCUUAUUUAGAAAGGUUUUGGAUGAAUUAAUUAGAGAGGGUGGUGAUAAUAAUGGUGCAAGUACAGGUGCAUUAUUAGGUUCAAUUAUUGGUUACUCAAAUUUACCAAAGGAUAUGUUACAAUCAAUGCCUAAUAAACAAUGGCUAGAUGAUCAAGUUAUUCAAUUUAUAAAACUAUUAGAUGAAAGAAUAACCAAUGGUAAAAUAAUACCUUUUACAAUCUCUGAUGACCAAGAACAAAAUAUAUAUAGUUCAAUAGGUCAUAAUAAUGGUGAAACUCAAAAUUAUCCUUUUGUAAAUUAUGAAAAUAAUAAUAAUAAAAAUAAAAAUAAAAAUAAUAAUGAUAAUAAUGAUAAUAAUAAUAAUAAUAAUAAUAGUAAUAGUAGUAAAUGUAUCAUUCAAUAA